AGUCACAUCAAGCAGAGCACUACAUAUAAUCCAAGAUGCGAUCGCAGAUAAUUAUUCUCUUCGCCAUCGUGGCCUUUGUUUCGUCUGCCUGGGCAGUGACUGAUCCUGCCACUCCUCCGGCCACUGAUCCGACUACUCCUCCGGCUACUGAUCCCACCACACCUCCGGCUACUGAUCCAGCCACGACGUCUCCCACGACCUCCACCUCCCCCACCACUUCCACUUCGCCCUCGGCAACCGGAAGCAGCACCACCGCACCCACCACUGCACCCACCACCGUGGCUCCCACCUCCAAGAAAGGAAGUGGGAAGAAGAAGACCGUUGUCCACCACAAAAGUAAGGUCCACAAGCCGGGCAGACGCCGCACGAUCCGCCACUCGCGAGGAGGCAAGCGCAGCGACCGCAAGAAGAGAUCCCGACGAAACUAAAGUAGAGACCCCAUUGCGAAUACCCCAGGCAUAACAGAUUUGGCCAGACAUGUCUUGGCUUUUGUUCCCAAACUUUUCAUUUUCUAUUAUUCUUAUUCCUGUAUUACCCUCAAGAUUAAAUGACUUUUUAUGAUAUUCUC